AUGUCAGACCCGAAUCGAGCCUCGCCCGGAAUCAAAUCCUACGUGUCUCAGUGGACAAGUUAUGGUACCAAGCAAGAGAAGCCACGACACGAAGUGAGUAAGGCAUCGAGUAAGGAACUUCAAGAAAAAAAGAAAACCUAUUCCUGGAUAUCCAAGUUCCAGAGACGUGCCCGUCAGGUUAUCAAGAGAAAACCGGAUAGCAAAUCUACUAUAACAACGCAGCGUAGCUCUAUAACCGAUGAUACAAUAGAGCCAGUCUUUCCUCCAAGACGCAGCUUGUUUCCGUUCCCACGAGUUACCUCUCCGGUAGCAUUUUUACCUCUUCCUAAUCCGGAAUAUCCGAGUUCUAAACUAUCUCCUCUUAUUGAGCAUCAUCUCCCUACUCCUCCGCCGCCCGUUUCUUCUUCCUCUCAGGCCUCUCCUUUAGAUCCUGUCACUCUCACUGGGGAUAGAGAGCUGGUCACUGGCUGGAGGCCGAUUAACGCGGCGACGGAGUUAAAUGAUCUGUGUUUUGAGUUCCUUCAAGUGGACGACAGGCCAACAGUGAUCAUGGAGGUAAAACCAAAACUAGAGACCAGUAAAAGUGAAGAUGUGAUUGUCGAUAUCUUAUUCACAAAUCCUGCGUUCGAGCACCUCAAGCCUCAGCUCAAGCUUGACCUCAAAUCCCCCGAAGAGAUGGGUGAAAUGCUAAAACGAAGUCCAAGUCCUACCGAGUGGACCUUGGGGAAUGAUGAUUGGCAGUUACGAUGUGUCGGUAUCGGUAAAGGCACGGGUGACAGUUGGGCGAAAGCUCUGACCGUCGGUCCUGUUCUGGAAUCGAUACAUGGAGACAUAGAAGGGGAAGAUGCCGGUAUCUGCAGGGGCCACGAAGAGAGCAAAUACGCUGGUUCUCGCGGAGGCUCGGACUUCCUACGGAGAACAGUUCCUUUGGACUAUCAUCUAGAGAACUAUGGUGGCGGGGGAAUUGGAGACGUCCGCCGAAUGUCAAUUACCGAAGAGUCCCCUCAAGGUAGUUCUGGAUCGGAUAUCACACUUCGACUUGUGACUGCAGAUGGAGCUUCCAGCUUAAUUAAAACGAUCACUCCCAGUUAUAGUAGAGCUCCAACAGCUCGAGGAUCACUAGCCUCAUCAAGUUCCACUUCAAGACGGUCAUCGAGGUCCCUCCCUAGCAGUAGCAGUAGAAGAGGCUCUGCUCCGCUUGGCAUAACUGAAUUGCCCUUGAUGAAAUUGGAAGGCUAUGACAGACGGCCCGGGGAUAAACCUAAUAUGGACUGGACAAGGGGUGCUAUUCUCCAGAAAAACACACAGAAUCUGGAAGGAAUGGACGACCACCUAAACUUCCUGAUGAAAGCCCCAUGGAAUCAAUCACCUAUCGGUCUUCCACAUACUUGGCCCGUAUCUCUCCGCUGUAUCGCCAAUGUUGUCAUGUCAUUUCCUCACCCUGCUAUGGUAUACUGGGGUAAGGAGCUUAUUGCUAUAUACAAUCCACAAGCAAGGAUAUUGGCUGGUGAUAAACACCCGGAAGCCCUCGGCCAGCCGUUUGAAAUUGGGUUUCCUAAAUUCAAGGAAUAUAUGAUUCCUAUGUUACAAGCCGCGCUUGAUGGAAAAACAACCUUACGAACCAACGAGCAGAUAUUUCUUCACGGAGAUAUUCCGAUGGAGGAACGCUACUACAAUUUUAUAAUCUCGCCAAUAAUUGGAGCAUCAGGAACCGCUGAAGGUGUGCUAAAACAAGCUCAUUCAAGAACUUCUCAAGUAAUCCAGGCCCGCCGGAUGGAAACAUUGCACAAGAUUCGGACGAAUGUAGAACUUAUCCGAGAUCUGGACCGCGACAACUUCUGGAGCUUAGUCCUUGAAGGGCUGGGUUCUAACGAGGUUGACAGUCCAUUUGCAAUUCUCUAUAGAGUUGUUUCUGAGAAAAGCUGUAUCCUAGCCGGAGCUUUAGGAAUUCCAGAACAUCUCCAAGUAAAGGGCGGGUUGGUUCCAGAGGAGGUUCGGGUUGGCGGGAAAACCACAUGUAGUUCCAGAAAUACAUUUACGGGGGCUUCAAGUCUGUGCGAUAUGUCUUCGCCGUCGUGUCCCAGAGUAAUAUAUGGACAUGCUGAAGAGCAUAGUGAAAUUAUGAUUCCGGCAGAUGAAGAAAAUACUGGCACAACAUCGUCGUCGAGUGGGUUUGCCGAGCCUGACGAGCAAUUUCUAUUCUAUCACGAGAUGAUACUGGCACGGGAAUCAAACUCUGUUAUCGUCAAAGACCUGGCAACGGUACCAUAUACAUGUAAUUACAAACAAGAACUUUCCGAAAUUGAGUUUAGAGGGUUUGGAGAUCCAUGCACGCAUGUGGCUAUCAUACCAAUCCAACCUAGCCCUUCAAGGACGUUUGGGUAUCUUAUAUUGGGACUUAAUCCAAGGAGACCAUAUGACCAUGAAUAUUUCACAUGGCUUACUAUGCUAAUGGAACAACUUGCAACGUCUCUCGGAAGAGUGAGGCUAUUGACGGAAGAUUUGAGAAGAGCUGUGCAAGAGGCACGUCAUCAAAAACAGUUGGCAUCACAGGCACUCGAGAGAAAACGACAACAAGAGAACUUUAUUGAUAUUUCAUCACAUGAACUUCGCAAUCCUCUCUCUGCUGUCCUACAGUCAGCAGAGGGAAUUCUUGGUUUGCUAAAUAGGCAUAAACUCGGUAGAAGCCAAAUACUAGACGUUGAGCAGAUAACUGACUCGGCUCAGACAAUCCUUCUUUGUGUCAAUCAUCAAAGAAUAAUUAUUGAAGAUAUUCUGGCGGUGAGCAAAUUGGAUUCAAACUUGAUGACAGUAGCUCCUGUUCCUACAGAUCCUAGAGAUUUGGUGUGGAACGGGCUAAAAAUGUUUGAAGCCGAAUUUGCUGGGAAAGGGAUUUACUGGGAAUUUCGUGUGCUUGAGGGUUAUGAUUUGCUGGAUGUCUCAUGGGUUAACAUAGACCCAAGCCGUACAACACAAAUUUUGGUAAAUCUAGUUGCUAAUGCUAUUAAAUUUACCGCUCUUAAACAAGGCGAGAAAAAGAUUUGUGUUCUACUUGAUGCUUCAUUGGAAAGCCCAACAAACUGGUCGAACUUUGAUUAUCUGCCUACUGAAAAGAUUCCGGAGCAAGACAAGGCAGAUGCCCCAGACUGGGGGACAGGGCAGAGCCUUUUUCUGACAAUCACUGUCAAGGACACUGGGAUAGGGAUCAGUAAGAAGAAUAAACGAAACUUAUUUCAGCGGUUUAAUCAGGUUCCCAAGACGCACAUCACUUACGGUGGAAGUGGUCUUGGUCUUUAUAUUUCCAGACGUUUAUGUCAACUGCAACAGGGAAAUAUUGGUGUAUCAUCUGUUGAGGGUGAGGGAAGUAUUUUCCGGUUCUAUAUCAAAGCCUGUCGAGCCGCCAAACCAAUAACACCGCUUGCGUCAGCAUCGAUUGAUUCACCCUCAAGCACACAUGGAAGUCAACAAUCAAAGCGCCCAAAUAGUCACCACUCCAGUUCCGGAAACAUUCGCGUCUAUCCAGAUCUACCCCAGUACCCCUCAGAGGAGAGCAGUAUACGUAAGGUCAGCCAAGACCCACUCUACCAUGUUCUUGUCGUUGAGGACAAUUUGAUCAAUCAAAAGGUCCUUCGACAGCAGUUAGUCAUGGAGGGAUGUGUAGUUGAUACAGCAAAUAAUGGGAAAGAGGCUCUGGAAAAGAUCAUGCAAUCGAAAUUUGCUAAGAAAGACGGAAAGCCGCUGGAUGUGGUAUUGAUGGAUAUGGAGAUGCCGGUGAUGGGGGGUGUUGAGGCCACUAAAAGAAUUAGACAGUUGGAGGCACAGCGGAGAACUGGACAUAUUCCAAUUAUUGGCAUAAGUGCAAAUGCCAGGUCUGAACAAUUGACUAUAAUGACUGCGGCCGGGAUGGAUGAUGCAAUUCCAAAGCCGUUUCGGAUCCCCGAACUUCUAGGGAAGUUCAAGACACUUAUUUAA